CGACGUUAAAAAUAGCGCUUCUCGGGAGGCAACCCGAGCUUAAUUUGUUUUUGUUUAGUUUAGUUUUGUUGCUUUUCAAAAAACCCACAAAAAAAAAAAAAAAAAAAAACGAUUUUGCCAGGCACGGUCGUGCCUGGGCAGGCACGCCGUGCCUGCAGAAGGGGAGAUUCACGCGAAGCUACUGCCUCCCAGACACGAUCGUGUCUGGCUGGAGGCACGAUCGUGCCUGGGACGCGAGAGGAGCGUGCCCACUGCCUGCCAGACACGAUCGUGUCUGGCCUAGGCACGAUCGUGCCUGGGCGAAAUUACCAGACUACCCCCGCGACUUAAAAAAAAAAAAACAAAACCCAACCCCAUCCCCUUCCUCCCCUCACGCGACCAGACUCAGACUCCCCCACCUGCGACUCUUUCUCCCUCAGCCUCGACUCCAACGUCCAUCGAGCUCCACCGCCACGACCGCCGACCCACCACCGCGUCCGCCGCGUCCGCCGCGACCGCUGCACUACCGAGCUCGACCGCAUCUCUCUUCUCUCUCUCUUCUCAAAGAUGGCACCAAGGCAGAAGCACACUAGAGGUGGAGGUGCCGGCUCUAGCCAAGGCAACACCAGCCGGUACCAGCCAAGGUUCCCGCAACUGCGGGACGAACUGAAGCAUACGGAGCUGCUGCAAAAGCCUAUGGGCACGUUUUACUACCCGGAUGAGGACUCACUCACGGCGGCAGGGGUGAGGGAUGACGUGAUGUUCUUAUUGAGACGAGGGUGGUGGAGGCACUUAUUUUUUGGGAUCCGUGACAUGACCUAUCGAGAGAUCACCUGCGAGGUACUGGCAACGUUCAAGAUGCCGAAGACUAUUUCUAUUGAUGAUAACACCCGGCCUCUCAUCCGAUUCAGAGCUUUUGAAGAGGACCACGCCAUCUCCAUGGGUGCCUUGGAAUACCACUUGAGCUUCACAGCGGCCGAGGACAACGGCCAGCAUGAGGUCCCAUUCACAGACUUCCCACCCGGCGUUGACCGCCAGGCAUUCUGGGAGUCGAUCACGCGAGAUGGCGGGACCUACAGCCCGAAGAUGUCCCCGAGCACCCUACUCUACCCCCGCAAGUACCGCAUUAUUCACGCCCUCCUUUCUUCUACCAUCACCGGCAAGGCCGAGGUUGCUGGCAAGGUCACUCAGACUGACCUCUUCUGUUUGUACUGUAUGAUCCACAACCGCAGGCCCCACAUGGGUUAUCUCCUUGCCAAGCUCUUUCACCGCCAGGCUACAAACCAUAUCAAGGCCAUCUUUGCUGGUCCGUUCAUUACUAGGAUGUUGACGAGGAUGGGGUUCGGGGAUCGAUUUCUGAGGAUGGAGGAAAGCUCCAGGUUUGUUGCUUUGACCCGGCUCCCCGAGGUCAACACUGGCGUGGCGAGGAGGAGGACACAGCCGGCAGCACCAGCAGGAGGAGGCGGACAGCGAGCUGCGGAUGACGAUGAUGAUGACGACGCUGAUGAUGAUGAUGAGGUAGAGAUGGAGGAGGCUGCUCACGAGGCUUCAUACGAUGCACCCCCCUACGGCACAGCUUUUCCGGAUUCUUGGGCGGGGAUGCAUGCGCAUCAGGAUGCCGUCUAUCGGCAGUUGUCCGCUGAGCAGCAUGAGCGGUUCGAUCAGAUGCGCUUCGAGCAGCAGGAUUUCUACAGAGAGAUGCGGGAGGACCAGGCACUCCACUAUUCACAGCUCCAGUCUCAGUAUACACGGAUUGAUGAGAGACUCACCUCCAUGGAGACCAGUUGGAGUUCAUUCUUCGAUGCCUAUCCACCGCCGCCCCCUCCUCAGUUUUAGAUUUCAUUAGAUUGUCCUCUGCUAGCAUCUGUAUCAUGAUAUUGUUGGAUGACUGUACCGUAAACACUAUCACACUCACACUCUCACUCUUUUACAUUAACUCUUUAUUUUGUGUUUUGCUUGGUGUUCAUGAUUUGUUGCAGCUUAGUGGAUGAAUGUGCUCGUGCGAAUCAAGACCCAGUUCUGUUCCUGACUGACCAACGCGAUAGGGGAGUUUCCAUGAUUCUUUGAACUUGAUGCGUAAUGUUAACUUGAGUUAAUUAUGAGCACGCGUGACCCUUUCCUCUUUACCCUUCGUACAUAAUGCAUAUUUGGUCAUCGAGGGCGAUGCCAAAGUUUAAGUGUGGGGGAGUGAAUUGGGCAUUCGGGCAGUAGUUGUCACAUGUGAUUUGUUAGAGCUAGCAUGCGCAGGUGUUAGUUGUAUAUUCAUAGGAAAUUCAUGCAAAAUUUUGAAAAUUUUUCUUUAAACUGUGUCUUUGUGAGCUGGCUAGAGUUUUGACUAUGCUUUUAGAACAUUCUUAAAGUAUUUAGGCUUAAAUUGCUUGCACUAUAAUCUAGUUGUUGAAAGGAUGAAGGCAUUAGUCACCCAUUGAAUUUUCCAUUAAUUAUCUACCCCACCUGAAAAGUCCUUUAGGAGAAGCCAUUUUGAGCCUGACUGUUCUUUGUUUACCCAAUUAAUUGAGCUUCAUAGCCAAAUGGCCUGUUUCCUUACCCGUGAAUAUUUCUGACUUAGUCUUGAUGUUUAGGGAAUUAAGGGAUUAAUUUGAUAAGUUUAAGGAAUUUUGUGUAAGAGCCAUUUUUGGCACUGUUCCUAUGCCCCAAAUGGGGUAAGAGCAGUCACUUUUUAGGAAUUUGAUACUUUCGAGGAUUGCAUUGUAGGCAUGGAUUCACUUUUAAAUUAAUGAACUUUAAUUGCUAUUUUUCCUUGGUGAGGCCGAGAUUAGAAUGGGGUAAUGUCUAGUGAGAAUCCGAAAGGUGAAAAAUUAAUAUAGCUAGACCUCUUACUUUACGAAAAAGAGAAUGGGAGCCCCGGUCAAAAAGCGUAAGAUGAGACUUGGGUAUCUUUCGAAAGAAACGGCGUUCUCGUGCCAACAUGACAAGGAAAACUAAACUUAAAAUUAAUGAACUUGGAGGCUAUUUCGAAAUUUAGCUUUAGUCCUCCGCGUACUUCAAGUAUACGUCAAAGCACAAAUGCGCCGAGACGGUUUAGCUUAGUUGUACACCAUGUUUACUCUUUGCAUAGGCGUAAAUGAUUGUUCCUAAUUUGUGGUCUACUGAGUUCCCUAUCCCCAAAAAUAGCCCUGAAGUUCCUAAAUACAUUAAGUCUUUGUUAGAAUAUUCCUACCUCUCAAAAUAAAGGGACUAUAUCCGUUAACCAUUCACCAUCAAAUUCACAAGUCCUUCUGAUCAGUAGCUAGCUUAUUUGUGUAUGCUGUCAUUACUUUGAGGAUGUUGUGAAUAAUUGUGUCAAAUAGUUUAGCUUGAGUACAAAGGUGUAGUUUAGGGAAGAAUUUUCUUGAUUUAAAUUGUCUGUCCUGUGAAUAUCCCUUUAACUACGUAUGUAUGCUAACUGUUUUAAAUUCCGUGUGGUGAUUAUCGUAAGUCCCGUUGUUCGAUUUGCUUGAGGACAAGCAAAAGCUUAAGUGUGGGGGAGUCUGAUAAGUCCGUAUUUAGACACGCAUUUGAUGCGUGUUUAAGUCGGAUUUUGAUGAUUUUCCUGGCUUUAAGGCGUUGCAAGUCUCAAUUUUGGCUCAAGUUGUGUUUAACAGGCGUUGGAUCAAGUUUCAUUGCAUUUGGAGGUGAUUUGAAGAAGUUAGAAUCCGGCAAUCGGCGCUUGAGAGGCAUUCGGGAAGGGUUUGAAGGCAUUCGAGAGAGAUUUGGAAGAUUUGGAGGCCACCGGGAGAUUCACGACGAAAUUCUGGUGAAGAAAGAGCAUUUGGAUCGACGUCAUAGGCAUUCGGGAGCAUUCGGAACGAGAAACGAAGCAAAAUGGUGAAGAAAAGGGCAGGCACGGCCGUGCCUAGGCCAGGCACGAUCGUGCCUGCCAUCUAAAUCAACACGGAGCUACUGGUGGC